AUGGCCCAUAGCCUUCCGAAUGCACGGCAGUGUGUUGCCAAAAUUGAUUAUUCCGCUUAUUUUCGUGGCAAUUUGGUCGACGACUUCGGAAUUGACAACAUACUGCUGACCGUUACCGGGCUCGUUGUGGGCCUGUCGCUCUCAUUCCAAAGCUCUAAUGGCUAUGAAAGAUGGGCCUCUGGGCGAAGAUAUUGGACUUUGCUCCACCAGUCAUCCCGAAACCUUGCGCGUACCAUCUGGAUCAAUAUAAUCGAACGUGAUGGAGAGCUUAGGAAAGAGGACCUUCUCCAAAAGUUGACUGCAAUAAAUCUGAUCCUGGCCUUUGCAGUGGCACUUAAGCACAAACUUCGUUUCGAGCCAGAUGUUGGAUAUGAUGAUCUGGCAGGCUUAGUGGGGCAUCUGAAUACAUUUGCCAAAGAGGCUCACGACACCCAACGCCUUGUGCCUCCGCAGAAAUCCCUUUGGAAAUCCGUUGGAGAAUACCUAUCUCUUUCAUUCGCCGAGUCAAAUCCAAGGAAACAGAUCAAAAGGGCAAAAAAGCCUCUAGGCCAUCUGCCGUUGGAGAUCCUAAAUCAUCUCUCGGUUUAUAUCAACGAGUGUAUCUCCAAUGACACGCUUUCUCAGAGCGUUUAUCAGACGCAAGCGGUGAACUGCCUGACUUCUCUCACUGAAGUCGUCACUGGCACAGAAAGCGUCCUAGACACUCCUCUCCCAGCGGCGUAUACUAUAUCGAUUGCACAGAUUACUUGGAUUUAUGUGCUGGUUCUUCCAUUCCAACUCUAUGGCUCUCUAUCCUGGGUUUCAAUCCCAGGAUCAAUUGCCGCCGCAUACGUCAUUCUUGGUAUUGCUGCCAUUGGCCGCGAAAUCGAAAACCCCUUUGGUGAUGAUGUCAAUGAUCUUCCCCUCGAUUCAUACUGCCAUCAGAUUGCCCAAGAGCUGGAUGUCAUCACAGCAUCCCCUGCACCUAAGGUUGAAGACUUCACUGCACACGAAGAUAACCUCCCGCUCUAUCCGCUAAGUAAGGACGGGUAUUCGGGAUGGAAAGAUCGAAGUGUUGACGAGAUCCGAUCAGCCUUGAGAGCAAAGGUUAUUGCCAACACCACCCCACUCAAUGGCUCAAGUUAUACCACCUUGAGCAGUACUGCCAGUGCAGUUAUGAGUAGCAGCCGGCAGUGUAUCUCUCCCUGUGGUUAG